AAAUCUUUGACAUGUGUUUAAUAUUUUUUUUUAAUUUAUAAUAUAACAGGAAAUAGCAAAGUAGAAAAGAUAGCACAAAAAUGCCGCUCGACUUUGUAUUGUACAAAACGCCAGUACCACAUCCUAACGAAUGUCGUCGUAUGGUAACGAUACAUACAUCGAAAAGGCGUUACGACACCCCUUACCUAAAAGCGGACAAUUGGGAAUGUUAUCCGCUUUCUCGACCCAUUGACUACAAUCCUCUAUGUCCCGAGCAUUACAACCUUUCCAGAUCCCAUUACAACCGGCUCGGCAUCGAAACCGACGAGGACUGGAGUACAUCCACUAAAAGCAUGUUUAAGUAUCAAUUGGAAAAGAAAAGGCCCGAUUUGGAGGUGAACCCGGACAAGAGUUUGGUCAAUUUUUUCACGAAAAUCCCGCCAGAAGGACCUCCUAGAGAAUACCUGCCCACGGACUGUAUCCCGUACAUUUCUGAAAUGCGUUAUCGCUACGAACCGCCCUUUCCACAAUCCACAGAACCAGUGAAAAAACGCCCAUCACAUAAAUUGGAAAACAGGAAACUCGCUUGCAUACCGGGAAAAUUUUUGGACGAAAAUUAUAGGGAUCAUACGAAACUCCUGCAGUGCUCAAAAUUGAAACGGCAUAUAUCAUAUAAUCCUUACACGAAUUUAUUCACAGACGGCACGCCAGCUGUCCCUCCUACCCACAAUAAAUCAAAGGAUUAUAGAGAGUACAUAAAAAACUUCCAACCUUGAAAAGGAUUUGUC